AUGGCCUCAAUCGCUUUUUUUGCGCAGUUCCAAAGUCUGUCUCAGGCGCACUGGGCCGGUCUGGUCUUUGGACUGCUUCUGACUCGACUGCUCUUCAACAAGUAUGGACGAAAGCUGAAUUCGAUUCCCGGGCCUUUUACCGCCGGGUGCAGUGACCUCUGGCGCUUUCUCAAUGUAUGUUGCGGCACGCCUCAUGCGACUCACGUCCGACUCCAUCGAGAGUUGAACUCGCAUUUUGUGCGAAUCGGUCCACGAAUCAUUUCAAUCUCCGAUCCGACAUUGAUACCGACCAUCUAUGGAACCAAUUCGGGGUUUACUAAGACAGAAUUCUACACCCUUUCGAUGCUGCCCUUCAAGGGAAGAGUUACGCCCAGCCUGUUCACUUCCCUGGACGAGCACGACCACGCAUUGUACAGAAAGCCUAUCGCCAACGCCUACAGCAUGUCGACAAUGGUGGAAUUCGAGCCACUGGUUAACUCCACUAGUUCGCUGCUUAUGUCGAGGCUAGACGAAUUCACGGUGUCAGGAGCAUCAUUCGAUCUAGGAAUCUGGCUUCAGCGGUAUGCGUUCGACGUCAUUGGUGAGAUCCAGUUCAGUCAGAAGCUGGGCUUUCUAUCCACGGGGACAGAUGUUCAAGGGAUUAUGGCGGAUAUUCGAGUCAAGAUUGCGUAUGCUGGCCGUGUGGGACAAAUCCCGUUCCUCGACAAGCUGCUGACGAAAAACCCGGUGUUCCUAAAACUCGUCCCCACCCAUCCCAUCGUUACCUUCACAUUGGAUAGGAUGAGAGAAAGAGCGGCCAUAAAGUCAAGAGGCGGUAUUCCAAAGCGUGACUUUCUUGCCAGAUGCUUCGAGGCUCAAGCCAGAUUUCCCAACGUUGUCACGGACAGGAUGAUAUUGAUGUACAACAGUGACAAUGUCGGCGCUGGUAGUGAUACUACCGGGAUCUCAUUGCGAGCAAUCUUCUACUAUCUACUCAAGACCCCUGCCAGUAUGCAAAAGCUCGUCAAGGAAAUCGAUCGGGCGGAUAAAGAGGGUCAGCUGAGCGAGUUCAUAACAUGGCAAGAAUCGAAUAAACUGCCUUAUCUUCAAGCGUGCAUUAAGGAAUCUCUUCGCAUGCACCCGGCUGUAGGGCUACUUCUUGAACGAUACGUGCCGAAAGGUGGAAUCUCAAUGGCGGGCCACUAUUUCCCUGAAGGGACCAUCGUCGGGAUGAAUCCUUGGGUAACAGCACGUGACAAAGAAGUAUACGGAGCAAGCGCCGAUUUCUUUCGUCCAGAGAGAUGGCUUGAAUCAUCGAAGGACCAGUUACUUGCCAUGGAGAGAGCCAGUCUGGUGUUUGGCCAUGGAAGCCGCGCUUGCAUUGGCAGAAAUAUCUCGUUGCUCGAGAUCAGCAAGCUGGUGCCCCAGUUGCUGCGGCACUACAAGUUCUCCUUGGCAUUUCCAGACCAGGAAUGGAAGAUUUCAGGAGGCUGGUUUGUGUGGCAAGAUGGACUUGAAGUUGUCAUCCGUCGGCGCACGGACCGGCAUCCCGCCUAG